GUUCUCCGCGCCUGCCAGACGAGACCCCGCCACCUAGAGUGCUUUGCUUGGGUAGCUGAGUCCUUGCACUUCUGCAUUUCAUCCGCAGCAAGCCGGCUCCUGCUCGCAUCAGCACCUAAUUUUGAUCAACGCCACCAAACUUUUGAAAACAUUGUUCAGCUGAGAUGGCGGAACAACAGAUCACCCAAGGAGCGAUAGAUGCCAUCUACAACGACCCCGACCGCGCAGCGAAACAGUUCCCCGUGCCGGUGCUGCAAUGUCUCCAGCUCAAGACGCUCGAGGGGAAAGGUCCCGGAGGCGGCGCCCAGAGAUACCGCGUCAUCCUCAGCGACAUCCGUAACUACGUGCAGUGCAUGCUGGCCACGCAGGCGAACCAUGUAGUACAUAGUGGCCAGCUGGAUCGCGGCUCUAUCGUCCGUCUGAAGCAAUAUCAGGCCUCCUCGGUCAAGGGCAAGAAUGUCAUGAUCGUCCUCGACCUCGAGGUCAUCUCACAUCUCGGCAACCCAGAAAAGAUCGGCGAACCAAAGGCCGUGGAGGUCAGGACCCAGCCACACAGCACUACCAUCGGCGGCGCAGGUUUCUACGGCGUCAAGAGCGAGCCGGCCAGCGAGACAAAGUCACAAGUUCAGAAGCAAGUGGCUUCUCGCCCGGCGGCAGCUGCCAGUGGCAGCGGCGGGCAUGCGGCGAGCACAAUAUACCCUAUUGAGGCUCUCUCGCCAUAUUCCAACAAGUGGACGAUAAAGGUCCGGGUCACUAGCAAGUCGGACAUCAGGACGUGGCACAAGGCCAGCGGCGACGGCAAGCUGUUCAGCGUCAAUCUCCUGGACGAGACCGGCGAGAUCCGGGCGACGGGCUUCAACGAGCAGGUCGACCAGUUCUACGACCUGUUGCAGGAGGGCUCCGUCUACUAUAUCUCUACGCCCUGCAAGGUCCAGCUGGCCAAAAAGCAAUUCAGCAACCUCGCCAACGACUACGAGAUGAUGUUUGAGCGCGACACCGUCAUCGAGAAGGCCGAGGACCAGAGCUCGGUGCCGCAGUUGCGCUUUAACUUCUGCAAUAUCGAAGAACUGCGGGACGUCGAGAAGGAUGCCACUGUCGAUGUCAUCGGCGUCUUGAAAGAAGUGGGCGAGGUGACCGAGAUCAUAUCCAAAACGACGCAGAAGCCGUACGACAAGCGCGAGCUGACGCUGGUUGACGACACGGGUUUCUCGGUGCGCGUCACCAUCUGGGGCAAGACGGCGACCGAGUUCGACGCCAACCCCGAGUCGAUCAUAGCCCUCAAGGGGACGCGGGUCAGCGACUUUGGCGGGCGUAGCCUAUCGCUCCUGUCGUCGGGAACGAUGGCGAUCGACCCGGACAUCCCCGAAGCGCACAAGCUAAAGGGCUGGUAUGACUCGACCGGCCGGAACAACGCGUUCGCGACGCAUAGCAACCUCGCGUCGGUGGGGGCCGCGGCGGGUCGCAAGGACGACACCAAGACGAUCGGACAAGUCAAGAGUGAGAAACUCGGCUUCGACGACGCGGUCUACUUCACGGUCAAGGCGACCAUCGUGCAUAUCCGGCAGGAGAACUUUGCGUACCCGGCGUGCCGUAGUGAGAACUGCAACAAAAAGGUGACCGACAUGGGGGACGGCACGUGGCGUUGCGAAAAGUGCAACUUGAGCCACGACCGGCCACAGUACCGGUACAUCAUGAGCAUCAACGUCAGCGACCACACGGGCCAAAUGUGGCUGAACUGCUUCGACGACUCGGCGCGCAUCAUCAUGGGCAAGACGGCGGACGAGCUGGUGGAGAUGCAGGCGACGGGCGACAAGGAGGGCUUGGACGCGGCAUUCGAGGCGGCCAACUGCAGGAAGCUGACGUUCCGUUGCCGGGCCAAGAUGGACACAUACGGCGACCAGCCGAGAGUUCGGUACCAGGUCAUGAGCGCCGCGCCGCUGGAUUACAAGACAGAAGGCCACAAAUUGGCCGAGCUGAUCCAGCAGAUGAGCAUGUAGUUCAAAGGGAAAUUGGGCAUGUACGGCACUUGGGAAUGGGUCGGGAAGAUCAAUGUAAUGGGCGUCUGUCAACGCAGAGGGUGAUAUUCUCGUUGUAGCCACAUGGAGGCUAAUAACGUUUUACUUGGAACAGGAAGCUGCUUCCUCAACUCGGGCCAUGUCACAAACUCGCUCUUGUCAACGAAGUGCCCAGAUUCGGUGCUGGAGUGGCGCUGUCACACUGUGCGCUGCAAACACCUUGAUGCCUUGGCGCCCUUGUGGGUGCUAACUUCUGUUGUGGGGCUUUCCAGGC